AUGAUUCUCUCACAGCCUCUCUCAUACCUGUUAGCUUUGGCUUCCCUAGGCGUCCAGCCUACUGCAGGCCACAAUCUUCAUCUGCGCCAGCCUUCCGAUGCAUGCAAGUCCAUAUCGAUUCCUGAAAUUCCAGGUGCUGAGGUCCUAUCAGUCAAGUCUGAACUUCGCCUGGACCUCACCGGGCCGGCUUGGGAUGCCGAGAACCAGAAGCUCACUACCCUCGGGCCACUGGACUUCUGCGAGGUGAAUGUGACUCUCACCCAUCCCGGCGCAAACGACGAGGUCACCAUCUGGGUGUGGCUUCCCCUGAAGCAAUGGAAUGGCAGAUUUCAGGGAGUCGGCGGCGGCGGCCUGCAGGCUGGUCGUUACAGCCUGGACACACUGGGCCUAGCCGUCAAGGACGGCUACGCUGCCGCCGCGACGGACGGAAGCGCCUUUGGCGACGGAGCCAACAAUCCAGAUCCGGCUCUCUUCCUCAAGCCAGGAGUUCUUGACCUCGAACGCCUCACCAACUUUGCCCACCGCGCACUGCACGAGGUAGCUGUCGUCGGCAAGGCCGUGACGACAAGGUUCUACGAAACCACCGACUUUUACUCAUACUGGACUGGCUGCUCCACAGGUGGGCGGCAGGGAUAUGAGCUAGCUCAGCGAUACCCUGAGGACUUUGAUGGCAUAUUGGCCAACGCUCCGGCUCUGCACUGGUCUAGCUUCGUCUUGGCUUUGGGCUGGGGCCGGCACGCUAUGCGAGUCACCGGCCAUACGCCGACCUUUUGUGCUAUGCAGGCGUUUACCGCUGGGAGUGUCGAUGCGUGCGACGUGCUUGACGGCGUCAAAGACGGCGUCAUAUCGGACCCGAAUGCCUGCCAUUUUGACCCUUCUUCUCUCGUUGGCGAGAAGGUGAAGUGCAUGGACGAGACGACUCAAGUCAUCACCAAGGAGGAUGCAACGAUCGCGACGAUGAUUCGCGAGGGUCCCAAGUCGAGCAGGGGCAGGAAGUUGUGGGAUGGUCAUGACUGGGGCAUCAACUACCUCGGCCUGGUUCCAGCCGCUGUCAGCGGCAUUCCAGAGGCUAUGGACAGACUCGUCGACUCCUGGAUCGAGUACUUUAUUGAAAAGGACGUCGACUUUGACGUCUCGACUCUCACGGCUAUUGACGAUAUGACCGAUCUCUUUGCCGUGGCACCGGGCACGUACGAUAGCAUCAUCGGGUCCAACAACCCGGAUCUGUCUGCUUUCAGGGACGCCGGCGGAAAGCUCAUCAGCUGGCACGGCACGGCCGACCAGCUCAUCAUGAUCAACAACACCAUUCGGUACCGCGAGCAGGUCGAGGCUGUCAUGGGCGGAGCGGAUCUUGUGGACGACUUCUACAAGUUCUACCUGGCGCCCGGCGUCGGGCACUGCGAAGGCGAGGCUGGCGCCACGCCGCGGAAAGUCUUAGAUGCGCUGGUGGCCUGGGUUGAGAAAGCUGAGGAUCCGGGGCGUCUGAGCGGGACCAUGAAGAACCUCGAUGGCGAGGAGGCUGAGAGAAUCAUCUGUCCGUAUCCGCUGGUCCCGCGGUAUGACGGCGCGUCAGACCCGAACGAUGCGCGCAGCUUUGAUUGUGCCGCGUCCUUUCGGCCGAAUGUGACGCGCUGCAGGUGA